AUGGAAGCGUGUAACACAACUCAAAUUCCAAUGGAGGCGAGUUUGAAGAUCUCAAAAGCUGAAGAUGAACGAGAGAUAGAUGCUACCGAGUUCAGAAGAAUCAUAGGAUGUUUGAGGUAUCUGCUUCACACAAGACCCGACCUGUGUUACGCAGUAGGUGUUCUUAGCAGAUACAUGCACAAUCCGAGAGACUCUCACGGACAAACCAUCAAACACAUAUUGCGGUCUGUGAAAGGAACAACAAACUUUGGUUUGUUCUUCAAGAGAGAUGGGCCAAGGAGUGUCGUUGGUUAUAGUGACAACAGUCACAACAUUGAUCUCGAUGAUGGGAGGAGCACGUCAGGACAUGCAUUCUAUACGGUUCAUCACUAA